AUGAAAAAAUUAAAUGACGAUAAAAGAAAUAUUCCAUAUCAGCGAGGAAACCAAAGAGACAAGUCACCUCAUUAUGUCUUUCUUUACUCCGAUGACGAGGUCGAUGAUGAGGAAGUUCCGUUACAAGUGCGGAAGCAUAAAUCUACUCCCAGGAAGGUUGAGGUGAUUGUUGUUAAUUUAAAGCCUGAGGACACUUUGCAGGCUUUAGCUCUUCGGUAUCAUUGUACUAUAUCAGAAUUAAAGCGUAUCAACAGUAUCCACAAAGAAAAUGAAAUUUUCGCUCGUCGAACAUUAAAAGUUCCUAUCCAGCCAUUUUCAAUAUUAACUGAAACAGAAAAGCUAAUAGACAUUGAAGAUGAGCCAGCUGCACUGCACCCAAGUACCAGCAACGCGCAACUGAUAAUAAACCUGCCGAAAUCUGAUUCGACUUUAAAAGGAUUCGUAUCCAAGGACGAGUCGGACAUAAACACGCUAAUACUCAACUCGGUUUGCGAGCCGGUGAAUAAAUUUACCGGUCCAGACCUGGACAUUGACGACGAGUGCAACGAGUUACUCCCUGGAGGAUCUAGAGACUCUACCCCAGAAGCUCAGGUUAUUAAUUCCUUAAGGUGCUCUGGCGCAGACUGGGGUCUCUCUUUUCUCCACCUUCUGCUCUUGAUCCUUCUUCUAGCAAUUGUUCUUCCCAUUAUUUAUAUUUUCUACAUCGCUGAGCAUCCUCAGCAUAUUAUUGUUAUAGAUAGUAAUUUUACUGAUAGCAAUUUAAUAGAAAAUAGCAGCGUAAGACAAUUAAAAUAG